AUGGCGCCCGCGCUUCCGGGAUGCGUGGCGCCGCCCCUCGUGCGCACGCGCGGCUUCCUCGCUAACGGCCACAUCAUCCUUCGAUGGGAUGAGGCGGCUGAAGAACUGCCUGUUCUCCGGUGCGCUCCCGUCGCCCGGCCAGAACCGCGGGAGAGGAAGCCCUCGUCGGUUGACAGCGCCGUCAUGCCAGGGCCGAAUCCCAGUGGUACAAGCGUGGGGGCCUCGGGUCGCUCCCCCAGCAAAGCGGUAGCCCCGAGAGCCGCAGGAUCCACCGUCCGGCAGAGGAAAAGUGCUAGUUGUGGAACAAGGAGUGCAGGUCGAACAACAUCUGCAGGCACUGGGGGGAUGUGGAGAUUCUAUACAGAGGAUUCUCCUGGCCUCAAAGUUGGUCCUGUUCCAGUUCUCGUAAUGAGUCUUCUCUUUAUUGCAUCUGUAUUUAUGUUGCAUAUCUGGGGCAAAUACACACGUUCAUAGAUUUGGCUAGUCCCAUCAGCCGACUGGAAAGCUGCAAUUUGGACCAAAAGUAUGGUGGAUUUUCAAGUUUCUUUCCCCUUAAAAGAACAUAAU